CGAUAUAAAUGACGAACAUAUGAACAAAGUUAUAAAAAACUGAAACACAAGCGCAUUUUACCAUAUCAAAUUACAAAAGAAAACAGUCGAAAUGCCGAGAUUACCUUCGUUCUGUGAGUUGUUUUUUGCUUUAAGUUACUUCUGUCAAUUGACUAAGACUUUGGAACCAGUAUGUUCACAGUGUGACUGUGAUAGGAAAUUAUUGGAAAAUAUGGUUGAAACGAAUCACAAAGUUAAAGAAAUGGAGAAAAAUUUCAGAAGGUCUGAAGAACACAUUCUUGCAAUAUUAGAAUAUCGUAGGGUGGAAAUGCAAAAUCUAUCAAAAGAUUUGAAGAACGUCAAAAGUGGCUUGGAGAAUAUUACAGAUGAAUUAGAAAGUCUAAGAGGUAGGGUUGACAAUGUGGAGCUUCCAAAAGUCGCAUUUAGCGCCUACAAUCCAGUAGACAAAAAUUUACAGACUAAAGAAACUUUUGUAUUACAGUCCGUUCUUAUCAAUGAAGGAAAUGGGUAUGACACUAAAACUGGAAUAUUCACUGCACCAAUUAAUGGUCUUUAUCACUUUACGGCGCAUCUGUGCAAUAAAGUUGAUUACGUCAUACAUUACGCAAUUGUCUUGAAUGAUGAAUGGAUUGCAAGAAGCCAGCAGUUUGAGGAAAAUGACGUUAAUCCUAACUAUGGCAGCUGCGGCACAGUCAGUGUUUAAACCAGGAUGAAACCUGGUGAUAAAGUCUGGAUUAUGUGUACUUCCGGUUCUUCUUCUGUUAUUCAAAUAUUUGAUGACGGAUAUCGACGGAAUUCGUUCUUGGGUGUUCUUCUUCAUAAAUGAUCCAUUACAAUUUCUUUUUUGUUCCUUUCGUAAAUUCCGUAUACAGUAUUUUGUUAUAUUUGCACCGAGCUGGACGCAUGACAUCUUUGAGGAUUUGAGAGAACAAACUGUGUGUCCUCUUUUUGAGAAGUUGACAGUUACUUACUGACUACCGUUGCAUAGCUGAAAUAUGUUUCAAUAAUGAUGUUGAACAAACAUAACAUUUCGAAAAGGUUUAGAUUCACACCUUAGUUGCAAAAAAUUGUCUUAUAGACACGCAAUUUGCAUAAAGGGAAAGACUAUUGGUUAACUCUAAAUACUUCUACUGUACCGAUUUUCUUCCGUGAGAACACAAUAUGAACUAACCAUUGAAUACAUUUGAAUAAUAUGAAAUUUCGAUGCGGAAAGGUGGAAAUGUUUUAAUACCAGUUUGCAUGAGCACAUGACGAGUUUUAGAACAUAUACUCUUUACCAAUCUUUUACAGCAACACUUAAAUCUUCCAUCAAAAGUAUAUUCUCAUUUAGAACAAUAUAUUAUUAAUUGCAUAUUAAAAAUUUUAUACAGUCAAAGAAUAUUAUAUCUUUACUCAUUUAGCGAUCUGACUCAAAGUUUUAAACAUCUCGGAGUACAAUUAUUGUAUAAAAUUUUCAAAAAGAGCGAAUUUUGUUAAGGGCAGAAACAUUAUCACUUUUUAUUUAUUCCGUCAUACCUUAGGGGAAAAAAAUAAAAUUUCACCAUUCCUCAGUGAAAGUUUUAAUUAUAAACAUCUGCUUCAUUUUGAAUGAAUUUUUUUCAUGUAGAAAUAACAAAACCUUUAUGUGUAUUCAAAAGUAUCAUGUUGGUCGUAAAAUGAAUGAUGUAAUAGACAUUAACUAAAGGGAGACCUGGAGCGCCUGUGAUAAAUUACAGACAUCAAUAUAUACCGGAUUCAUGCGAUUUAAAUAAUAAAUAUCUUUAAUGUUUAUAUUUUGUAACCAUGGUAAUGCUAGCCCUAACCUUUAGUCAGUAUACGUACUAAACAUAUCAUACAUUAAAUGCAUGCGGACAUGCAAUAAUGUGCCUGUUUAGCCGUGCGUUCAGAUUGAUAAUCACUUUCGGACAUGCGCAGAAGACCGCUUCAGGUCUGUAAUGAGCAAUAUCGUAUAUCGAAAAGUAACUCGAUUUUGUGAACAUUUUUUUAUUCAUUUUAGCAGAAUAUUGUUUUAAACAUGUGUGGAAUUUCAUAAAGUACUUUCAGAUCCACUAAACAUAUUUCCAACUACCGCGAUUUUUAAGCAUGUAUAGUUUAUCUUGGGUGUCAGUUACACGAAAUAUUGACGAGUCAUACCCCAUUUUAAAUGAAACCAAGAAACAUAGGCCAACGAUACGAGCUGCACCUAAAGCAUGCAGUCAUAUCCGACAAAGAACAGCUAUUUUAGGUGUAAAUUCUCCGUAUGGCAUCUUAGUGAAUAUUUUGUUAGGUCGUUUAAUAAGGUUAUUUGAUAUCUGUACUUUAUAUCUAGUUAUUAGGCUAUAUAUUUGUAGAGAGCCUUUUUAGGCUAAUUUACUAAGAUCAUAUUUCGUUUCCCAAAGUGUAGAUACUAUAGAUAAUCUUAUAUAUUCUGUAAAAUUGCAUGUUGGUUAAAUGUGGUGUUUAAUGUAAAUUUGUCAAAUUUUAGAAUAUCUCUUAUAAUUCUAAAGUGAAUGACCAUAUACAUUGUUUUAUGCUGUUUUGAACUGUAUACUAAACAUCGUGUUCUUUUGUUGUUUCAAUUUUAAUUAUUUGUAUAUAUUUAUGUAUGUGACACAAAUAAACUAUAAACUCUG